AUUCCUUAAUAGGACGUUGGAGCUGCCACUCUCAAGGGAUUGUUAUCUCAUUAGAAUAAAGACCGGAGUAUACUAUCACUAAACUCUUACAGCAACUCAGUGACAGAGACUGAACAAGACAAGGCAGGACCAAGAUCCGACCAGAAAAAACCGAAUCACUUUUAACGACAACAGUGUGAACAGGAAUAUGACAACCCCCCGUGGUCUUCAGUCUUCCUAUAAGAAGUAUUUCGGAGCGGAGAGGAACAUAAACCGAUCCCCAUCCUAUUCAUCCAGUCGCCAACUGUACUCCAACCCGACUGCGGUGCGCUCCUCCCGCGUCUCUUUCGGCCUGUCUUCCGUCGCCCCGGGGUUCUAUGCAUCCAGGUCUCAGCGGCUCCGCAGCAGCACCUCCAUGCCCCGGCUUACCUCCGAAACCCUGGACUUCUCUCUGUCCAAUGCUGUAAACUCUGAGUUCAAGACCAACCGGACUAACGAGAAGGCGCAGAUGCAAUCGCUUAACGACCGAUUCGCAAGCUACAUUGAGAAGGUUCGGUUCCUCGAACAGCAGAAUAAAAUAUUGCAGGCCGAGUUGGAGCAGCUCCGGGGUAAGGGCACCUCCCAUUCUCGCAUUGGAGACCUGUACGAGGACGAGAUGCGGGAACUGCGGCGACAGGUGGACCAACUGACGAAUGAGAAGGCUCGUGUUGAAGUGCACCGGGACAAUCUGUCUGAUGACUUAGAACGGCUCAGAGAGAAAUUGCAGGAGGAGAUGGUCCAGCGUGAGGAGGCAGAGAACACCAUGCAAGGCUUCAGAGCGGAUGUAGACAAUGCAGCUCUGUCCAGACUCGACCUUGAGAGGAAGGUGGAGUCACUGCAGGAGGAGAUAAACUUCCUGAAGAAACUACAUGAUGAGGAGCUGUUGGAGCUACAGUCACAGGUGUCGGAGUCUCAGCAGGUUCAGAUGGACAUGGAUGUGGUCAAACCCGACCUGACCGCUGCUCUUAGGGAUGUCCGCUCUCAGUACGAAAACCUGUCCUCCAAGAACAUGCAAGAGUCUGAUGAAUGGUACAAGUCUAAGUUUGCUGACCUGGCAGAUUCUGCAUCCCGUAACGUUGAAGCACUCCGGGUUGCUAAGCAGGAGGCCAACGACUACAGACGCCAGGUUCAGGGGCUUACCUGUGAGGUUGACGCCCUGAAGGGAAGUAAUGAAUCUAUGGAACGCCAAAUGAGGGAGAUGGAGGAGAACUUCAGCAUGGAGUCAUCUGGUUACCAGGACAACAUUAGUCGUCUGGAGGAGGACAUUAGGAACAUGAAGGAUGAGAUGGCACGACAUCUCAGAGAAUACCAGGAACUCCUCAACGUCAAGAUGGCCCUGGAUAUAGAGAUCGCCACCUACCGAAAACUUCUGGAGGGGGAGGAGAGCAGAAUCAGCUCUCCUCUGCCAAACUUCUCCAGCUCAUUGAACCUAAGAGAGACCAUGAUGGAUUCCAGACCCAUGGUUGAAACAACAGUGUCCAAGAAAGUUCUGAUUAAGACCAUUGAAACCAGAGAUGGACAGGUGAUCAACGAGUCGACCAACCAUGAUGACCCGAUCGAGGUCUACGAUUAGAGACCAGAGAAAACACAGAGAUACACAGAGACACUAAGAUCAAUGGAGCAUAUAUUUAUGGUCAAUAUAUCUUUAGAUCUAUGCAGCAUGUAUCUAUGGUCUGUAUUUCUUUAGAUCUAUGUAGCAUAUGUCUAUGGUCUGUAUUUCUUUAAAUCUAUGGAGCAUAUUUCUAUGGUCUGUAUUUCUGUAGUUUGCCUCUGGAGCCACCUGCCAUAGCACCAGUGAGAAAAUGACCUACCCCCAGCAAACGCACCCAACAGAAGAAUCUUAAAGUGCCUUGUCAUUCCCUCAGAUAGGUCUAUAUGCCUACAGAUGUUGUUUUUCUAUUAGCCAAAUCUAUAUGUCUACACCUGUUGUUUUUCUAUUAUCCAGAUCCAUAUAUUUACACCUGUUGUUUUUCUAUCAUCCAGCAGAAAUAACUAUAUAUUUACACCUGUUUUUUUUCUAUUAGCGAGAUCUAUAUGUUUACAUCUGUUAUUUUUCUAUUAGCCAGAUCUAUAUGUCUACACCUGUUGUUUUUCUAUUAGCCAGAUCUAUAUGUCUACACCUGUUGUUUUUCUAUUAGCCAGAUCUAUAUGUCUACAUCUGUUUCAGGUAGAUAUAUUAUGUGCUAAACUGGUCUGGGUAGGCUGAAGCCUCCAGAGGAGUUUUGCCAUGUUUGUACUGGUAUAAUUAUAGUGGUUGGAGAUAGUGGUCAGGACAAAUCAGUAGAUCAGUUGAGUAGGGGUGAGCCGAUGAGAGGAAUGGCUGAGAAAUAGAUGGAAAGAGAGAUCACACUGCCUCUAUGGGACAUACAUAUUAUAUGAAGCAUUACCUUAAGAGCUCUAUAGGAACCUGUCUAUGCAAGCAGACUGUAGACUCAGUGUUGAGUGACCCAUCUUGGUCCUUCUGCACAACCUGGUAGACAUUGGCUGUUAACAAAAUAAUAACCCUAAAAAUCGACACAACCUGUUAGACAUCAGCUGUUAACAAAAGAACAACCCUAUACAUCUACACAACAUGGUAGACAACGACCAUGAACACCUUCACAACCUGGUAUACAAUAGUAUUAAACACCCUCACAAUUUCGUGUUAACAGAAGAGCUUUAACCGACUGCCCUCACUGUCUCCCUCUGAAUGCCAAUAAACAUGUUAGACACAAA